CGAUUGUUCAACACAUGCGUCAGUCUCUGCUGACCAGGUGGGUGCCUCAUAUGUUCCGUCUUGGGCACGUGCCUUAUGCGGUGGGAGAAGGUAGCUCUUCGAUGGAACCACGUACACGUGCCCAGAUCGAGGCACGAAGAGGUGAAUUGGGAGAACUUCUCUCCCAGCUGUCGGGGGACAUGGAAUUCGUUGUCCCGGCCGCAAGAGAACACAUUCGAUGAAGAGAAAAAAGAUAAAGAAAGAAGAGCGGACGUCAAGCCCGAGAAGUUGCUUGUUGGUGGAAUGAAAAACAGCGACACAACGAAGAAGGAAACGGUAAAAGAAACCGAGAAGAAAUCGGAAGAGAAACCAGAAAAGAAACCCAACGGGAAUGGUGAUGGAAACGGAAAUGGAGACGGGAAUGGAAACGGGAAUGGUGGUCCCAACGGUCCCCCUCCCCCUCCUAAGAACAAUGCCAAACCCGCAGAUCCGACUAAGCCAAAGAAAAAAGAAAAAGUGAAGAUGAAAUUACCUUUCACUUUUUCUAAUAAGAAAGAAGAAAGCCUUCCACUAUGGAUCGCAGAGAUCCAGACCUAUGUUGGGACUGCACCGGUAGAAGAAGAGUCGCAAGUUGCGUUCACCACUUCUUGUAUGGGUGGUGAAGUGAAGCAGUGGGUUCUGGCGGAGGCGAAUGCCGCGGGGUUUGAUGAUAUAGGUCUUAACCUGCAGGACUCUCAGGUCCUUUAUAUCUACUCCCGCGCGUUGCCCGAACCGAUUCAAGGGCACUUGGUCGCCGAGGCCAAGUCAGGUAAGUAUACCUACCGCCAGUUCCGCGACCUUGCAUUGCAGCGGGAACAAAUGACUUCGCAAGUCAAAGGUUCCUAUGCUGCUGCCGUAAAGAUGGAGGAGGAGGCGGUCGAGGAGGCUACGGCAAGCGGGUCAUAUGGCGUCAAAAGAGCCAAGACCACACCUUCGUCGUAUUCGACGACGAUACAAUGGAGAAAUGGCCAUUGGAGUCCGAGGGUGGUGGUGAGAGCAACACCAGUAGGAAUAACAUCUGUUCCUACAGAGUCGGAGAGUGCGAUCACAUGCAAGGCGCCUACGAUCCCUUUCCACACUCCGACUCCCGUGGCAGAGGAUGGAAACCCUUCCGCCCGUCGUUCAGAUAUCCCCACUCCUGUCUUAUGUCUGUCUCUGGACGACUCCCUUGACGAGCUGGGUAGCGAGCUAGUCGCGUUACGCAGUUCGUGGGCGAAGAAAGCCAAGUCUAAGUGGGAACUAUUGAUUGCCGAUUUGGUUGUCAAUCACACACAUGUUGGUGCGAUGCUGGACCCUGGGUCCACACGAUCUUACAUGUCUGAACGUGCAAUCCGCAAGUUGCACCUCGGCAUGAAGAUCCAAACGUUAGCUAGACCAAUCACAUCUAUGUUGGCUGACAAAAGCACGAUGACGGUAACGCAGUACGUUGAUCGUAUUCGAUGUCAGUUCAGUACUAAGGAUGGGAAAAAGAUUUGGCAUGAGCUUCCCUUCCUAAUCGAGAAGAACAUGCCAUUUGAUAUCAUCUUGGGAAUGGAUUGGCACGAGGAAGCUGAUCCCAAGAUUGAUUUCAAACUGAAAGAAGUAAAGAUCAAAGAUGAAUCAUCUACAUUGCAACCGAUUAAGUUGUAUCAUCGGUCAGGGUCUGACUCUGUCUUGUUUUUUUGGUGCAUGAGCUACCCUGCAUUCCGAUCGAUGGUUGCAAAGAAGAAGUUAGAGGAUGAGGUAGUAAUGUUGUUAGUUAAGAUAGUAGGAGAGUCUUCAACUACCCAUCCUCCUGGCAUAGAUGCACUCCUAACGGAGUUUGCCGAUAUUAUGUCUGAGCUUACCGGGGUCACUUCGCGUGCUAUCAAGCACACGAUCGAGAUCGUGCCCGGUAGCAAGGUUCCCAAGGGCCCUAUCUAUCGCAAGUCUCCAAAGGAACUUGAGGAACUAAAGAAGCAAUUGUCUGAGUUGACGGAGAAGGGAUGGAUUCGCCCUAGCUCCUCUCCUUAUGGCGCACCAGUCUUGUUUGUGCCCAAAAAGGAAGGUGAGUUGCGCCUUUGCAUCGAUUACCGAGGGUUGAAUGCCGUCACCGUCAAAAACGCCGAACCUUUGCCAAGGAUCGAUGAUCUCCUGGAUCAGUUGCAGGGUUGUAAGGUCUUUAGUAAGAUCGACCUUAAGUCUGGGUACCACCAGAUCGAGGUGGAUCCGGCCGAUCAGCAUAAGACCGCGUUUCGUACGAGAUAUGGUCAUUACGAGUUCAUCGUGAUGCCAUUUGGUCUAAYGAACGCACCUGCGACCUUCCAAAGGUCCAUGAACGAGUUGUUCAGGCAAUGGCUCGACGACUUCGUCAUCGUCUAUCUGGAUGAUAUUCUAAGAUUAUGCAUUCCUCACAAGGAAGAACUUAAAAGUCUGCUGAUUGGGGAAUGUCAUGACACAGAGGGACACUUUGGUUUCAAGAAGACGUAUGCUGAAGUACGUGAGCACUAUGAAUGGAAGGAUUUGAAAGAGGAUGUGCUAACAUAUGUUCGUACAUGCCAAAAGCAGUAUAAAGUAAGAUUCCAGUUCCAAGAUGCCUCUGAAGACCGUUGGUUUAGCAGACGGGAACUGAUGGAUAAUGUUCCUGAUAUUGUUGCUAGCUAUGAACGCGGACUGAAGUCUUAAGUAUUUCUGUGGUGGAACUCGAAUUCGGGCCGGCAGGAAUGCAGUAAAUCGCGUUCAGCAGC